AUGGGUUUUGGUUCUGCGGUGCUUGUUGCUCCUGGGAUGCUAUCUGGUGUUUUCUUGUCUUGUUCAGAAGUUGGCAGGUUCUGGUCAGUUUCGACAAUGGAACUUGCGGUGGAAGAGAAGGCGGAUGGAGCAAUCCCAGUAACCACAAUGUCACCACCAGAAGGGAACACAACAUUCCUUGAUGGCACAACAUGGUGUGUGGCCCUUCCCGGGGUUUCCCAAGUUGAUUUGCAAAAUGCAUUAGACUGGGCCUGUGGAUUGGGAAUGGCAAACUGCAAGGCAAUCCAAGAAGGCGGAGCCUGUUAUGAACCGGAAACUCUCUUGUCUCAUGCCUCCUAUGCUUUCAAUGAUUACUAUCAACAGAAUGGGAAUUCUGAUAUAGCUUGCAAUUUUGGAGGAACUGCUGCAGUCACUAAACAUAACCCGAGUUAUGGAAAAUGUGUCUUUGCUGCAGCUGGAUCAGUAGGCUCUGCAGCACCUCCAUUGUACAAGCUUAAUCCGAGCUCUGUUUGGUGGCAACUUGCUUGCCUUUUAUUGCCUUUGUAUCUAGGAAGCUGA